GUGCGACAUCAUGAGCCAUGAGAAAACCAGGAACAUACCCCCCCAAAAAUGGAACAACCCCACUGGGUUGAUGAAUUGAUUGCUCAGCUGAUCUGCAGAUUGAUGGCUAUUGAUUGACUGUUUGAUCGACUGUUUGAUUGACUGAUAGAGUGAUUGGUCCAGGCAGUAAGUGGAGGGAGAGGACAAGAUGGAGGCCAUGUCACCGUGUCCAGCAGUAGAAGAGUUGCUGACGUCAUCAGAAUCCCUAGCAACUGUGUCAGAGGAGGUGUCGGAGGACAAGAAGAGCAAAGACUCGGCCGCUUGCAACAAAAAAGUCAAAUUUCAGUCUAAAAGGACAGUCAGAAAGAGCAGUAAAUACAUGCAAAAGAAGGGGAAGAGAAUAGGAGAGCAGCAUGAAAAGGAUGACACAGAUGUCCCAGCGGAGAACCACAGGUGGCGAAAGCGACGAUCAGACAUGAAGAAUCAUGCCACUCGGGUUGAUGUGCAGACAUGGAAACGGUUGAAAGACAUGAUGUCAAGACUUUCAGAGGAUGAGCUCCAUGAGGACCUGUUUACUGAGGAAGAGCUCUGGUCCCCAGACGCUAUGGCAACUCAGCCACAGGAAGAGGUGUGGCAGCAUGUUCAGACCCGGCUAGACCUGGAUAGCACCUGCCGGCUGGAUCAGGACAUUUCUGCGGAAGAAGUGGAAGCAAUGAUUCGAGAGCUCCCGCGCCUCAAAGCAUCAGGCCUUGAUGGGAUGCCGAUUGAAUUGUUCAAGGAAUAUAAGUCCUUCUUCGCUCUGCUCUUAACCCAGGCGUUUAAUGAUGCCUUGAGGUCUCAGUUGCUCCCUGUGGGGUUCGCGGAUGCUUACGUUGUUCUGUUAUAUAAGAAGGGGUCCAAGGAGGACGUUAAAAACUGGCGGCCAAUUUCAAUCUUGAAUACGAUCUACAAGAUAUUAGCCAAAGUUAUGGCUACUCGAGCCAACGGGGUGCUGCCUAAGCUGAUCCACCCCACGCAGACGGGCUUCGUUCCGGGCCAGCAGAUAGUGACGAACAUCUUGCUGGCGCAGCAGGUGCUAGAGGAAGGCCAGGUGUCAGGGCAAUCGAUGGUGUUUGUCUCAAUCGACCUUCAGAAAGCCUACGACAGGGUUCGCUGGGAAUUCUUACUGCAAGCACUGGCCAGGCGAGGUUUUGGCUCUAUCUUCAGAGGAUGGAUCAGGACUAUGCUUAAUCAAGCUCAUACAGUCAUGCAAGUCAAUGGAGUAAGGUCGGAAAGGCUGACAGUAACUCGCUCAGUGAGACAGGGAUGCCCCCUCUCCCCGGCGCUGUACGUAAUUUACAUCGAAUCGCUCCAUGAGCUCAUUAGGGGGGAUCAGAGAYUGCAGGGCCUGCGGCUGAAUYCGGGUGACGAACUCCGUUCGUCAGCAUUUGCAGAYGACACASGAGCUAUCRUCCYGCCCACARUCCAACAGCUUCGUGUCCURCAGGAAGAUUUGGGAAUUUUUUGUAAAUAUUCGGGGGCRCGAGUUAACUGGGAAAAAUCGUAUGGUCUCCUCCCCCCAGGCAUGGAACCGCCUGAAGGGUGGGAUCUUCCUUCACCUGCAGAAGGACGAACAAGGUUCCUCGGGGCCAGCAUUGCCCCCAGCUGGGGGGGUGUUGAGCAAAUGGCCAAGCGGGCAGUGGCGGCAACAUCCAAGCUCAACGCGUGGGCCAAGGCAGUGCACCUGGGUGUCUUUGGCAAGGCCCUGGUCAUCAAGAACUCCAUCCUGGCCACCUUGUGGUACGCGGGGGCUAUUCAUAUGCCAGRGAGGCGGACUUUUUCAUACCUGAGGCAAGYCAUCCAAGCUUACCUGUGGUCUAAUGAUGCCGACUCUGAGACCUCAAUCUGUAGAGUGGCCUGGAACAAGCUGACUCAGCCSAGAACCGAAGGAGGAUUGGGCCUGCUGGACCCAYGGCUGCAGAUCAUGGCCCUUCAGAUGYGGCACCUAGUAUGGUACUUGCUGAGAACGGYCGGGGAGCRGUGGCAUUCACUYACCACGCAGCACCUGGCGCACUCAUUACAUCUGCCGGCAGCACUUGGAGAAGUUGCCCUCGCAAGCAGCGRCCUCAUCGGGCAUGUGGCACGCGGAACGGWCUGGUCUGGACCRCUGGCCCUGUGGAAAAAGAUCCACCUGCUGAAMCGAGAGCCGGUCACUGCGGACGCUGUGUUUAACCAACUCCUUUUUGACAACCGCUUCAUCUGUGACACCCAGGGGGACAGCUUCCCAUGGCAGGGGAAACUGGGAGCUUUUGGCCGGCAGUGGGCAGAGCAAGGGGUUUUCAAGAUCGGUCACCUUUGGAAUGAGCAGGAGCGGGAGUGGAGGACGGACGAGGAAAUGGCUAGCAGCCUUCCCCACCAAUUCAGAAGGAACUACCAGUUGGCUGAGCUCAGGGAAGCUAUUCCCACGCAAUGGGUGGACCUAAUGCGGCAAGACCGACUCGUGACAGGAGAAUGGGUAAAAAUGAAAGGCGAAGCCUCCCCACGUCAAAUUUACCGGGUAGAAGAUAGUCAGUCUGGAGACGCGGUGCAAGUCACAACCUGGCAAGUCGCCACCGGUUGUCACGGGCUGGGAGAGGCCUUGGUCAGAUGUGGGCACGGAGGCAUACUCCCCAGAAGCACGGUCGAAACAGUAGCAGUGUGUCAGGGGAGCAAACGAGCAUCAGACCAGGCCCUACCAUUCAGACUCUCGGAACGUAGGCGGGCCCUCUCUUGGGAUCCGCAGGACUGGACCUGGCCGCGGCAGAAUCAUCUCCGGGACAAGGUCGCCUUUCAUCAGACAACUACCAAGCAGAUCUACAGGUCACUCCUCCCGCAAGUAAAGGUCUGGGAACACCUGAGGGACCGCUGGGCCAAGAGGGCCUGGCUCCCGCCGGCCYGCCUGGAACAAUGGACAAGAAAGAAGUGGAGGGGUCAAUGCACGCUAUGGGCGGGCCUUCCGGAUCAGAAACAYGCGGGUCUUCUGUGGAUGAUCGCACACCUGGCAAUCCCCACUGCAGAAUGGCAGGCCUCUAAGAGUCAAUAUCAGGACAAGGACUGCSCUGCYGGAUGCGGAGAGGUUGAGGAUAUCCCGCACCUUUUUGUGCRCUGCCCCACAGUCCAUGCUUUCUGGGCCUGGUGGGCGCAGGAGAUGGCGCACAGUACUCCGUUCGGCGUCACAGAGGAUGACUGCAUGGGAAUUCUGCUGGGAAUCARCAUGAGUCCGCCGGCCAAYCARGGUGAUCGACUGGCAAGUGAGACRUUGCGCGCGGAACUUCUUUGGACCAUCUGGACGGCCCGCAACGAAGACAUUCGACAGCACACGCAGCCGGMAUUGGCCAAACUUAAAAGACGGGCGGUGGACAAUAURAAAACAGCCAUCGCAAGUGACCUUGCUCGGAGCAUUAAGGCGUCUGCCACAGGGGAGACACGCUUUUGGGAUCGAUGGGCAUCCUAUCCUGCCUUGGUAACCCGUGGUGAGCUGCCUGGGCAGCUGAGUUCUGGCCGCCUUCUUCAGACUGCCAUUCCAUGUCAAACCUAAUAAGGUACAGAGUGUAAUUUAGUUAGUGAGUCGGGGUUGUAGUACCUAGGGUACUUUAGUGUACACUAGUAGGGCAUCUGAAAAAUGUACCGCGAAAAUGCUGGGGUUUGUUUUACAGUUUUUUUGCACCAAGGUGCCACGGGCCAUAGGUUUAGGAUUGUUUGCUUGUGGUUUUCCCGUACUGUCUAGCCUCUUUUCUAGUUCGCAGGUACGGGUUUUGGUAGGCUGUGCUUGGGAAAACUUGUAUGAUCUUUGGCUGGGUUUUGCCUGUUUUUGCCUGUUUUUGCCCGUUAAGUCAAAUAGUAAUGAUACUGGUAGGUCUGGGGGAGGGGGGUAAACUAACCCGCCCCCCCGAAGUUCGUUGGAUAGUUGCGGUCGGAAUGCAGAAGGGGUGUGACAGGUCCUAUAUACGGACGCACCUCUAAGCACUGUGUGUGAUUGCAGGAUAUAUGCGUAAACGGCACUAUGGUAGAGGGCAGAGGGAUUUCGAUGCUGAAAACCGGGUCUUCGGGAGUGAGUACAAGAAUACUGGGUAGUGACUGAGGGCAUUGGAGCAGUAUAGAACG